UUCAGAUAACUUUCUGUUGUAGCCACUGCACAUACCGACACUAUCGCAACAAUAGUCCAACAACUGGCGUGCAAACGAAGAGGACGGGAAACAUGUGCGCGCUGUGACCUCAACCAAUUGCGGAGGAGGAGGUAGUAAAGUGUGACAUCAGUGCAGGGUAGUUUCAGGAACUGAAGAAACAGAGGGCGUGUGAUUUUUAGUAAUCAGACAAGCAGAAAGUCCCAGAGAGACGAGCUGACAGGAGCAAGGUCGGGCGGGAAAUAGCGUUGCUCAAUAGCACAUACUUUAUGGCUAGCGACUUGUGUGACUAAUAUGGUAUACAUGCAUUAUACUGCUGUAUGUUUUGAAAAACGGCAUCUGUCAACCGACAACUUCAUUUCCAACGUCAUAUUGUUUGCAGCGGGAGCAGUGGCUGCGGUUCUGAUACACCAUUCGUACUAACGCAGUGGAUGGCUGCCUUGCUUGCUUACCGGGUUCCUCGUCUGCGUGGAUAACAUGCCCACGGUGGACGGUAUUUUGUGUCAUCGUUAAGCAGUGUGACUAAUCGUAUACACCCAGGAUCGUUGACUCAUUGGAUUUUAUAAGCAAACUUUAUUUAUUUAUUUUUUUUCAAGAAAUGGCGAUAUAAACUGAAUAUAGGCUAUAGCCCUGCUGUCGUGGUGGUCGGAUUUACCUUUUUGAAAACGGAUUCAUCGUUUGCGUACAGUGAAAACUCAAAGGCUGAGUUUACUAUAUAAUGCAUUUGUGGAAAUACCCCUGAUAUGUGUUAAUCAGAUUCUGCUAGUCUGUGUUCAUGACGGGUAAGAUGGAAACCCCUUUUUAUCACGAUGACACACCAGAUCUUCCAAACUUUGAACAAAUUCCUCAAUAUGGCAGGUACCAAAACCACAAGAUGAUGACGAGCAAGAAAAAUAUGGCGGGGCAGAAUUUCCCUGGAGAGCCGUCCAGGCUGAAGCUGUUGCACGGAAGCAGUGACGGCGUGAACCCGAAUGACACGGCGAUCAGCGGCGGCGCUAACGCCUCCAUGAUGCCCCCCGCAGACAUUAACCUGCUGAAGCUUGCUUCCCCUGACCUGGAGCACCUGAUCAACCAGGGGCUGGUGACGACCAGUCCAGCACCCAGCUCCACGGGCAGCAACUUCAUGUACAGGAACCAGGUGACUAAUGAACAGGAGGGCUUCGCAGACGGCUUUGUGAAAGCCUUAGCCGACCUGCACAAACAGAACCAGCUCAUCGGGGGCCCCAGCUCCCCGCCCUCCUCGAUCCCGGGCCCGUAUCAGAGGGGCAUGAUGCCCGGUGGGGACAUGCCCGUCUACACUAACCUCAGCAGCUACGCCCCGGGCAGCAUCGCCGUGUCCUCGUCCUACACGGGCAGCCAGCUGUCCUACGCCGCCUCUGUCCACGGCCUGGGCCAGGGAGGGCUGGCGCACGGGCCCCACCCCCACAGCCGGGGCCUGGACGAGCCGCAGACCGUCCCCGAGGUGCCCCCCCCUCCGGGGGACCCUGCCGGCUCCCCCCCCUCGCUGUCCCCCAUCGACCUGGAGACGCAGGAGCGGAUCAAGGCGGAGAGGAAGAGGCUGAGGAACCGCAUCGCCGCCUCCAAGUGCCGCAAGCGGAAGCUGGAGAGGAUCUCGCGCCUGGAGGAGAAGGUGAAGGUGCUGAAGACGCAGAACGCCGACCUGGCCUCCACCGCCAGCAUCCUGCGGGAGCAGGUGGCACAGCUCAAGCAGAAAGUCAUGAACCACGUCACCAACGGCUGCCAGAUAGCGGUGAGCUCGGCCACGCUGGGGAAGAGCGGGGAGGGCACCAGCUGCUGAACUCCGCUGCUGAGGGUGUAUUUGGAAGUCGCCUUCUGAGUCAGAGACGUAAAGAAGCAGCAGAGUAAAUAAGGAUGAGGCUGAGAGGGCUGGGCCAGGUCUCGGCUCUUCCUGAACAGAAUGCAUCAGAUUCAUACUGCGAGUCUGUGACAUUUCAUCUCUUUUAAACAAGGGCACCAGGGAGAGGCUCUCGCAGAAUAAAAGCUACCUGCACUAUCCAGACUGCCACAAUUACUCAUCUACAGGGUCAGCCUGUGUACACACAUACGCACACACACAUGCACGCGUACACACACACACGCACACACAUGCACAUGUGUACACACACACACACACACCCACAUGCACACGCGUACACACACACACCCACAUGCACACACACACGCACACACCCACAUGCACAUGCGUACACACACACACACAUGCAGACGCGUGCAUACACACACACAUGCACACGCAUGCACACACACACACACACACACACACAUGCACACGCGUGCACACACACACACACACUCACUGUGGCUGUGACUGUGACUAAGUCAGAGAGUGGAGCAGCUUUCAGACUGAGGCGUUCUCAGAGCUGUUAGUCAGAAGGUGCACUGGGUGGAGGUGGGCAGAAGUGGAGGACGGCUCUACAGGAUCCCUGCGGAUGGAUUCAGAUAUUAGAGGAUCUGUGGAGGAAUAAAAGGGAAUCCCAGCAUUUUCAAUAUUUCAUAUUCAGUCAGAACGGAGCUGUUUUUUAGGAUCUUAAGGAUACGAGCACAUCCUGAGCUCCGGAGCAUAACUGAGUGAAGAUGCAGCUGGGAGCUGCUGAAGCGCAGUAGGGGUGUACUGUUUAGCCGCUCAUUGUCUCAUACACAUGCUCCUUUACUUCAAGGCACUAACAAAGACACAAGUCAUGAGCACUUUAAUGUGAAAAUUUCCAGCUGUUUAUGGUAAGUGACGUAGGUUAGGCUGUCGCUUAAGUGGCCCUUUUAGCCAAGUGAAACUUAUUUAGGUGGUUUCAUCGACAACCUGUGGUCUGCAUUUCCCUAAGCUGUCUAAAUCGAUACCUUUCACUGUGUUGUUCAGUUGUGCUGAUUGAAGACUCCUUUAGUCUCCGCCAUCUAAUAUUGAGUAUUUUUCCUGUUGUACAAACAGGGGUGUGUUGGCAAAAUGAGGCAGCAUUUUGACCAUACAAUUUGAGGACUAUAUACGUACCUUGACUUUCUUUAUUUGGUAACUCAUCAAGGUGAUAUCAAAGUGCUUAAUCUGUGGAAAGUGAUUAAGUGUAAGGGAGCAAUGGUAUAAAAUACUUUGAUGUAAAGUACGCAUAUUAUUUUGACAGUGCUUAAACUACAUGCAGUUGUUGUUAAGCAAUUGUGGACUUAAUUCCUCUGCAUUCCAAGAUAAGUGUAAUUUAAGCGGAGUUCUGGCAUACAUGAAAGUUAUAUUUACAAAACAGUACAUUGAAAAAGCCGUUUGAUUGGUUCCUGGUUUGCACAGCCACAAGUUCUUUAUUUUCAAAAUGGUGUCAAGCUGUGUUUUUAGGAGACAUCUGUGUCUUUCUUUAACAUUCCGUGUCCAAUUGGCAUUCAGCGAGUAAAUAAUCAGCCAUGGAGAUGUGUUUUGUUGUCCGUUAUGAGUAAAUCUGUGUGUGUGUGUGUGUGUGUGUGUGUGUGUGUUGGGUGGGGGAUCGCAGCUUGCCUCCAUGCUGUCGCUCAGUUUGAAGUUGUCCAUGCCUGAAAUAUUUAAAAAGGGCUUUCGGUCAAUAGUGUUUUCUUCUUUUUGAGAUUAAGACAUUUAAUAGUUUAUUUAUGUUAAAUAUUUACUAUUUAUAUUUUUAUGUUAAUAAAAAUGUGUGUGAGGCAAGUG